CAACGACAGGCUACCCGGGCGGUCAACUGCGUGGCUUAUACAGCUCCUCAGAGCCCCCAUGUCUACUCUGGAAAUGGCUCUUACAGACGUCAAGACAGGUAAACGUUGCCCGAGCGGUCCGCUGAUCGGUUGGUCGUUAUCUCUUCACCUAUACCAGCCACCUACCGACUCGGGCAAAUAGCUUAGAAAAUACCACCGUGAUUCCAAUACUAUCAGUCGCUUCCAGUCCACCCGAGGCUAGUAACGUUUGCAUCGAGGUUGAUUAUGCGUCCUAUCACCUAUCUACUAGGUACCCAACCUACUGGGUAGGGAGAUGCUCAGUCAUGAAGAGAGGUAAUGGGGGGGCCUUGUCCUUGGUUCGAUGGACAUGCGAUACCGCUUACCUACGUAACCUCCUCCGCUUCAUGCCGGUACGACAUGGGCAGCACCAACAAAGUCCGAGGUAAUGUAUAGGUAUAUAUAAAUGGCAAGAGGCUCGGAUAUGGGUUGUAGUUGGUUGUCCCAUUCAAGACAUACCAGUGUCUGAUCUUCGGGUUUCAAAAUGCUUUGGCUAUCUCUCGUCAGUCUGGCAAGCCAGGCGGUGCUUGUCUCCGCCUCGCAACUACCCGUCAAGCUAGAGACACGUUCGACGCUCAAUUCGCGUCUGGCCAACAUUCACAUCUCUUUCGACAUACCCGUUGAGGGCGAUGUGACAUAUACCUAUGGCGGCUGUGACAACACGCGCCUCCAUGAGGCUCACCAUACCGUUGGCCAAGGUAGAAGCACCAAGGACUCACGACUCGUAUGGAUUCUACCAGAUGAAGAAAUGGCAUUCGACGGUUGUCUCUCGGCCUGGGACACAUGGGGAAAGCUGGUAGGCCGCAGCGAACCCCAACAGCUAAGCGGGCGGAAGCUGAAGAGGCGGGGUGCCAGUACUAUCGAGAUGUCGAGUUCCAACGGCAUCGACUCUUGGGGCCCGUGGUUCGACGGGGUGGAGCUACUCAAGAACAAGGAGAUCUGCGCCGUCGAUGCUGUGGAGGCCAAAUCAAAGCACGUGGCCAUCGUGGGCGCCGGCAUGUCGGGAUUGAUGACCUAUCUAGUCCUGACCCAGGCCGGGCUAACGAACGUGAGCAUCAUCGAGGCUAGCCAGCGUCUUGGUGGCAGAGUUCACACGGAAUACCUCUCCGGUGGACCGUUUGACUAUUCCUAUCAAGAGAUGGGCCCCAUGCGGUUCCCAGAGACGAUAGAGUACUCGAAUGAGACCUAUAACAUCACUGACCACCAGCUCGUGUUCCAGCUGGCAGGUGAGAUGAACAAAAUCAACAACCACAACAAGAACUUCAGUGUUGAUUUCAUCCCCUGGCACCAAUCCAGCCCCAAUGGCUUAUACUACCACAAUGGCAUCAAGCUAGAUACCGGGCUGCCACCAACGCAGGCUCAAAUUAAGGCAAAUGCUUCUCUAGCAGUUACAGAGACCCUGAACGCGUCGACGCAGGCUCUGUCCGACAAGAUCAGUGCCAUUACUUCCAAUGAGACGUUUAUGAUCGAAUUAGCUACCAACACGUUCAAAGCUCACAAGGAUUUCUUGGUCAAUGGUCUCGGUGGGCUUGGCGGUGAUACUUGGUCCGAGUUCGCUUAUAUGGUGAAUUACCUCAAUGCGACCCUCAACGACACCGACGUCCUUGAAGGGGGUGCAAGUUCAUUCUGGGAUUCCCUCUACGACGGCGUGUACUUUGGCGCCACAACCUGGAGGACAAUCAACGGAGGCCUUAGCCGACUACCACAGUCCUUCCACCCGCUAGUAGACCACGUGACGACGAUGAACCGCAAGGUCGAGCGUGUCCAAUGGGCCGAAGACACUCAGAAAGUCACGCUGCAGUGGAGAAACAACUACACCGAUACCGUCUUCAAGAACGCAUCGUAUGACUACGCCGUCUUCGCGCUUCCCUUCUCAAUUGUUAAGAAGAUGAGAAUGCCAUCUCUCCCCCCAACAAUCUCCAACGCAAUCCAGAACAUGCCCUUCGAGUCUGCCUGCAAGGUCGCCCUCGAAUACAAAACCCGCUUCUGGGAGCACUUCUCCAACCCCAUCUUCGGCGGCUGUUCCACCUCAACCGACAUCCCCGGCGUCGGCUCAAUCUGCUACCCCUCGUACUGCCUGAACUGCACUGGCCCCGCCUCUCUGCUCGCCUCGUACGCGUCGGGCGACUGGGGCGCGCGCUGGGUGUCGGUGCCCGAGGCCGAGCACGUGCAGUACAUGGUGGACGCGAUGGCGGAGAUCCACGGCCCCAUCGCGCACGAGCAGUUCACGGGGAAAUACAACCGCCGCUGCUGGAUGCUGGACGAGUACGAGGGCGGCAGCUGGGCGAGCCCGACGGUGGGGCAGCACCAGCUGUAUCUGCCGGAGUACUUUAAGACGUAUAACAAUAUGAUCUUCGUCGGCGAGCAGACGUCCUACACACACGCGUGGAUCGCUUCCGCGCUCGAGUCGGGGAUCCGCGGCGGGGUCCAGUUGCUUCUUGAACUCGGUCUCGUCGACGAAGCCAAGGCAACAGUUGAGAAGUGGAUGGCGCGCUGGAUCGAUGUUGUAAGUUUUUUGUUUUUUUUUCCCUCUCUUCUUUUCUCUUUCUCUUUCUCUUCCUUUUCUUAUCAACGGCCCGGAAGCUAAUGGCUAAAUAUUUUCCUUUUAGUAAAAAAUGCCCUAGAUACCUAGGUAUCUUACCUAAUAAAGGGAGGGGGGGUUGGCAAUAAAGUAAAUUGGUAUGGGUGUGUAGUACCUAGAUACAUACAUACACAUCUGCCAUGUGCCGUAACACAGAAGGUUCAAAUCUAGGAUCAUGUACCUAGAUACCCGAUGUACCCAAGCACCUGUAUAUUCUCGAGCCGUGUCACAAGGCUCGUAAACGAAAAAUAUAUAUAUAUAUAUAGAUAGAUAUCAUUUCGAAUGAAUGUUAAGAGUUUCAAAGAGUUUUGAA